GCACACUGAAAUUCCCGGUUGUUCGGAUGAUUACGUUACUCCCGAAAUUAGUUUUAGGUAGGUUAGUGGUUCUUAGUAUGUGGAGUCGUAUAGCCAGACUUUCAAUAGUUUUUGAAAAUAACUGACCGCGUUUAAAAAGGGGCAACACUUUGAAUAUGUAAGUCUAUUUACUAAAGGCUGUUGACUAUAUUUCCUGAACGUAUGACUGUUCAGUCGAUGUAGAAAUGAGGCUGGGUAGUACAUAAGUAUGGAUACGUCCUGCGCAAUUAUGGAUUCAUUUUUAAGGUGUAGAUAACUGUGUGACCCCUCCGUAUGAACUUAAGUCGGCUAUCCCAUCCUCCAUAAACAGAGUUUUUGGCAAUGUACUUUAUAUUGGGCAGGAUAAAUAAUAACAGUUGUUACAGUUUGCUUCAAAUGUUGUGGAAUUUGUUUGUUCCUCUUUAGAAACAAGUGUAUAUAGCUUCCAACUUGUAGGAAUGCCGAUACAAUCAUGCAACUAUUGGUAGGCUGCAUCCGCCAGCAUGGCUCAGACGAAUUGAUUGACUAUAUGCUGACAUCACAUGUUGGUUGUUGUGGCUCUUAUUUCAAAUGUCCGAGUUUUAGGAAUUUCCACACUUGAACAUAACUUUCUAAUUUCUUUAGAGUAGUUAAGUGAUGCUGUCUAUAUAAAAAUAUGGUUAAUCACGGUCGACUCAGGUAGCGUUCUCGUGAAGCUUUACAAAUUGUACAUGAUUCUAAAUUUGUAUCGCACGUUGUUUCCAUACAAUUGAUUCCAAUAAAUCAUAGAUCGUAUUCGCUGCACGACUUAUCAUGUUACCGUUUUCCUCUUCUAACGACGUCAUACAGGUGAUCUUUUCACUGUUUGCAAUUAUAUUAGUUACCGGAAAUCGAAAUGCAACUCAAUGGGACGUUCGACGUGAAGUUAGGUAAAAGUUUUCUAGAUCGAGAUUCAACAUCCUACAUGACCAUGCGUUGUGAUUUCAUGCCCGCUUCUGUCGAUCGUUCACAACCUGGGUCAAUCAAAGUAAACGAGAGCAAAGAAGUUGUUGUUAGCCUGCCCAACGUUACAAACUCUGGACCAGAUACAGCAACUUUGUUUCGUGGAACUGCACGUCCUGUUCAAAAAGAAUGUAUUUUGAUCUACAAUAAAAAGACCCAUGAAUUAACCUUGGAGAGAAUUGCACAUACUGUGCAGCUAAAGAAAACCCGAGAAGAACGAAAAGCUGACACCACUUGUCCGACCAACUCAGAAAUGCCACAGUUCCAGUCCUUGGUUAGCCGCUCAGAACAAGAUUUAAAAUCUGUUCGACCAUCUCCAACCAAAAGAAAAUCUAAUGAUCCCGAGAUAUCGACUUCGAGUUCUAUAGUACAACAGUCAACUCAAAAAAAGCCUCCACAUUCGAGAACGCUAAGUAGUAGUAGCAGCAGUAGUAGUAGUAAUAGUGGUACUUCUAGUAGUAGUUGUGACAUGGAUAUUGAAACAUCGGAGAGUGAUAGUGACAGCUCCUCAGAAAGUGAUUCAAAUUCAUCUACUCUUAGUAGUUUAUCAAACGACAGAAACAAAACGUCGAAAGCAAAACCAUCUUCAAAUGGAAAAACUAAUACGAAAACGGCCAAUGCAACAAAUUUAGCGGCCCAUCGUAAACUGAUUGAACAUGAUUUAAAAUUAAGUGAUUCUGACUCUGAUUCUUGUGCAUAGAAUGUUCUAGGAAAAAAAGCUGUUUUCUGUGAUUUGUGCUGUAAAUAGUGAUUCUUACUAUAAAAAGACAUUAAGGAAGUAUGUACCACUUUUCCGUAUAUGAUUAUCUCUUAUGAUUGAUUUUAUUUGUCUUUAAAUAAAUACUGCUAUUU